AUGGAGAUAAAAGCAGUUGUCAGAAGAUAUGAAACAAGAAAUAAGACAGAAGGAACAGAACUGUCAUCCAAAUCCCGAGUUGAUUGGAGACGCACUAAAAGGGAGCUCAUACUGAUUGACAGCAAUGAUGAAUCCUCAUGUAUCUCUGAGGAGGAAGAGUCUACUGCAUCAGAAGAUGAAGUAGAUGAAAAAGAUGAAACUAUUGUGAAGAACAGCCUUUCAGAUCAGGAAGAGAAAAGCCAUGACAGAGAAAUAACAGAAGAUGGUGAGGAUGAGUGGAUCACCCCUGGGAAGCGUAAAAGGUCGAACGUUUCUGUCAUGUAUGACAGCGAUGAAAGUGAGGAUAGUGAUAUACCUGUUAGAAAAGUUUUGGCUAAACGCCGGUGUAUAAUGGAUGAAGAUGAGAGUUCCGAAGAACAGCAAUCUGAUAAAACCUGCCAUACAGAAGAUGUUUCUACUAACAGAAAACAGAAAGUGUUUGCAAAACUGAAAGAACUGGCAAGAAACAGAGCAACUCAGAGAUCCUGCAGCAGUGAAAAUAGUGAGGAUUCUAAUGGUGAAACAGAAACAGAAGAGGAACCACUCUGUCACUUGCCCCUCACACCAACAGAAAGUAAUGAAACUGACAGUGACAGUAUGAAAGAUUUUAUAGUCGAGGAGGAGGAAGAUGAUGAUGACAAUACCAAGCAUGUAAAGAGUGAAAACCAGCCGCAACAGAAGGAACUAAAUACAUCAAAUAGCGAGUUGCUGGCAUACUACGUCCCACACUUAUCUCGCUGUGAUCAUUAUGUACACUUCAAAAGAAUAGUAAAGGCUUUCCUCAUAAAUGCAAUUGAUGACACUUUUCUGAGCUCAUUAUAUGAUGGAACAAGACAAAAGAAAUAUGCGCAAGACAUGUUGCUCUCACUUCAUUAUUUGGAUGACCGUUUCAUUCAGCCUCGUCUCGAGAACUUAGUCUCUAGAAGUCGCUGGAAAGAUCGAUACAAGGAGCGUGUGGAUUGUUACCCAGAUGUUCGCAUAAUCUUGAAAAAUACAAAAAAUAUAUCUUGUCAGGCUUGUGAAUUGAAUCGAUACUGUAAGUUUGAUGUGCUGCUCUCUGGAAGGCUUUAUAAUAGUAGAACUUUGGAAGCAGAUGACUUCAUGUCAGAUGACAAGCAGGUUUUGAAGGUUGGCGUGGUGUGUGCAGAUCGUACAAGAGUUUAUCAUAAUUUGAAGCACUUCAAAUACAAGUUGUAUGUGGAUUGCAGCUCCAUUACCGAGUUGGAUGGUCUUGAGGAUGAACCAGUCAAAGACACAGUUGAACGACUUUUCAGCCAGUUGGACGAUAGUGGGUGGAUUCAGAAGAGAUAUAAUGAUCUUGAAGACUACAUGAAUGAUGCAGACAAUUUCCAAGAAGAGAAAAUGGAUUAAGUGGUCAUAUAGC